AUGCGUUCCAUCUUCCUCGCCCUAGCAUGUCUCGCUGUCGCAUUCGCCAGGCAAAUUCCCCUUCGAUCCUCGGCGACUUCAAUUGAGCCAUGUGCGCGAGCCAGUGCUUCCAGCGCCUCAUAUCUGGCUGCCACACCCACAGCCGCUGCCGCAGUUGUCGAUGGCCAGCUCUUUCAUGAAUGCUUGCAAUCAGUUCCAAUCCACAGAGAAGCCGCCCUGGAUCUGUUGCAAUCGUUGGAGCCCUACAUCAAACUUCAGUCGACGUUGGCGUACCUCGCGAAUUCCCCAGACGACUACCAGUAUCCCGCGAUAGACAUCCUUGCGUCGCUGCACAAUCUCACUAGAAGGGUGACGACUGGUGGGUAUGCCGGCGAGUAUGAGUUCCAGACCGACUUGUAUCGGCUCUUUCUCACUGCUCGAGACGGUCACUUCUCUUUCAUCCCGGAUCUCUUCGGCGUAGGCACAUUCAAGAUUCCAGAUGCGGCACUGGUCUCGGUCUCAUUGGACGGCAUAGAGUCGCCGCGAGUCUAUUUCAGGUCUGACAUCCUUGACGGCAUCUCUGACGGACACACGCUGGUAAGCGGUGUCGACCUGGAAAGUGAGCAUAUGCCGUCAUACGUGGUUCAAAUCAAUGGGAUUUCUGCCUCAGAUUAUCUGACCUUACGAACGGAUGAGCUUCCCUUCCACGACGUCGACGCGGCGUACAACUUUCUCUUCUCGGAGAUCUCACAGAUUGUGCAAUUCGGCGCUGCUGGAGAUGGGGCUUUUGUCAAUCCCGUGUUUUAUCCUGGCCCAGAAACAAUCAUCGAGUUUGCCAACGGCACCAGCAUCAGUGUUCGGACCGUUGCUGAGAUAGCCACCAGCUUCGACAACGUGACUGAUGGACUGUCUGCAUACAACAAGUUCUGUGUCCGAGAAGCACCAGAAUGGAUACCUCCUUGGCCAUCUUCAGUGGACGCAGAGUCAGCUUUCCCAUUCUAUCCAGAGCCAGUUGUUAAGGACUCUGGAAACCAUAUCGCUGGGUAUUUCCUCGACGGUGACGUGCCGGACAACACGACAGCUAUUUUGUCAAUCCUCAACUUCGAUGCACUGAAUGACAUUGACGCUGCUGGGUUUCAGUCCGCGGUUGCCGUAUUUCUGGAGAAAUGCAAGCUCGAAGGAAAACGUAGGCUGAUCAUUGAUGUCUUUGCCAACGGUGGCGGCAUGGUCGAGCUGGGACUGGACCUGUUCGUUCAGCUGUUUCCAAACCUGGUUCCUGCUUCGCACGCCAAUAUGCGCGCUUCCAUAGUGCUCAACGAUCUUGGGCUAGGAAUAUCCCGACUCGACGAAGUGGCGGCUGGCAAUCCAUUCGACGUCCGAUCGAUGCUGACGAUCGAUGGCUCGUCAUGGUCGAGUUGGUCGCAGAUGUACGGUCACAGUCCGAAGUCCGACACUGAUGGCCAGCAAGGCUUUGAUGUCACAGCUGAUACCAGCGCGGCCUUGACCAAUCUCUUCCAGCCGGAUCCCAGUGUCUCCGCUCCACCCGGCUUUCAGAUAACUCCCGCCAACGCUUCCGCCGAGCCGCUCUUUGACCCAGAGAAUAUUGUUUUCUUGACAGACGGCUAUUGCGCCUCUACCUGUGCCGUAUUUGCCGAAGUCUUGAAAACGCAGACUCGGGGUCGUGUCCGCUCGGUGGUCGUCGGUGGCCGUCCAAAUCCUGGCUUCAAAGGUGCCCAUGGUCACGGACAAGACCGGUUCUUCAACCAAACCCAAGAGGAAGAUGAGAGCGAAGACCAAGAUGCACCUGGGUAUAAGGAAGCCAAAUGUAAGCCACGGCCCAUGCAGGCCCUGGGCACCACGAAAGGCCGUGCCUUCUGGUCAUUCAACUCGAUCUUGGCCUCUGCACAAACCGUCGUGUCGUUAGGAGACUCGGCCGUCGCAGAACAUGAGUUAGGAGCCGCGGAUGUCGGCAGCAGCAGCAGAAGCAACAAUAUAUCGUCGCUCUCUCGAUUCACAGAUCUUCCGCUGAGACGAACGUUCCGACCAGACGCGGCUGGUGUCAACGGAAUGAAUCAUAUCCGUGUCGGCAAUGGCGUUACUCUCGACACUGGCGAGGGUGUUGACGAUUCGAAACAACACCAGGCCCUGAUACCGCUACAGUUUGUCCGGGAAGACGCUGACGUGAGGCUCUUCUUCACCCACGAAAUGCUGGUCCGUCAGGACAAAGUAUGGGAGAGGGUUGCACGCACGGUUUUCUCUCCUCCUUAG